UUUCUCUCGGCGACGGUGGCCCCUUCUCCGCACCGAGGUGUGUGUAUAAAAGACGGUGGCGGAGAAAGCUUCAGCAUCAGUCAACUCCGUCUCAGCCUUACCCUGCUGAGCUGAUCGUCCUGUGCUCAAACAUGCGAGUUUUUGUGGUAAUGGCGAGCCUUAUGGCUCUGGCUGCUGCCGAGCUCGGCUACAGCGGCAACGGCUUCAGCUCUAGCGGAGGCUACUCUUCCGGCGGCGGCGGCGGCGGCGGCGGCUACUCGUCCGGCGGCUUCAGCUCUUCCGGCUUCUCUGGUGGCGUGGACAGCUACGCGGCCCCUCUGCCCUCGUCCGGCAGCGGCCCGUACCCCAGCAACAGCUACGGCGCGCCGUCUCAGGCACCCGUGAUCCACAAGCACGUGUACGUCCACGUUCCUCCCCCAGAGCCAGAGUACAUCAAGCCCCCUAAGACCUACAACGUGCCGGCACCGCAGAAGCACUACAAGAUCGUGUUCAUCAAGGCCCCUGCUCCUCCCGCGCCCACCGCCCCAGUCAUCCCGGUCUUCCCUCAGGACGAGCAGAAGACCCUGAUCUACGUGUUGGUCAAGAAGCCCGAGGAGCAGCCCGACAUCGAGAUCCCGACGCCGGCACCGACCAAGCCGUCCAAGCCCGAGGUCUACUUCAUCCGUUACAAGACCCAGAAGGAGCAGCAGCAGUCCACCAAGUACGGUCCCCCGGCCGCCCCUCCCGCCUCCAGCUACGGAGCGCCGUCCGGCCCCUCCAUCCCCGACAACACCUACGGCGGCCCUCUGCCCAGCACUGGACCCUCCUCCAGCUACGGUCCCCCGCAGUAAGACGAUCGGCAGCCCCCUCUCGACCCCUUUCCGUCCCCCGUGGGCCGUCGAGCCCCCUUGUAAAUAUUCGACGCCCUUUCGCGGUAAGGGAACAGUGGGCGAGAGGACGAGCUAAAUUUCUAGUUGCAAAUCGACGCCAUCACCCUUUCAACUCGCAUCGAGCCGUACAGAAGAGCGGCGAGAUGCUAUUUUAGAGCUAAUCCUAUGUACUUCCAGCAGCAGCAGCAUUGUUUUUUGUAUCGAUGUAUUGUCAUACGCAUGAGAAUGUUGUAGUUCUUGAUGCUUUCAUGACUCCAUCCCAUUCAAUUUGCUCCGGCGUUUUACAAUGUUCCACAAAAGCGCCAAACGUGACUCGAUAUUAAAUAUAAGGACCCGUUUACAUGUGUACAUACUGAUGAGCUAUAUUGUAAAAACAGAAUAAAAGUGAACAUUUUUUAUAGAAAAA